CAGCGGUGUACCUAGAUAUAAAUAUACAUUUUGAACAUAGUGUCCAAGUCUCCUUGCACACACGAGCAAUCCCCGAUUUCUAAACUCUCAAAAGACUUCAGCAACCCGUGCGAAACCCUUUAGUCAUGGCUGACACCAGCGAACUCCGAGCGGAGAAGCUCUUCUCAGUCAAGGGCUAUGUUUGUGUAAUCACCGGUGGCGGUUCUGGGAUUGGAUUGAUGGCAGCACAAGCUCUUGCCGCGAACGGGGCCAAAGUAUACAUCACCGGACGACGCAAGGAAGUGCUCGAGAACGCUGCAAAGACACACUCCCCCUCUGGAGGCGGCCAAAUCAUCCCGCUUGGACCGUACGAUGUUACCAAGAAGGAUGACCUAGAGGGCAUGUACCAGGAACUAUCAUCGAAAGAAAAAUACAUCAACCUCCUCGUCGCUGCAGCUGGUAUCUCUGGCGAAAAGGUGGAGCCCGACGCGGAAAAUGCAACCGAUAUGAAGAAGAAGCUCUGGGAGAAUGAGACGUUCGAAGGCUGGGCUGACACGUACAACACGGAUGUCACAUCCGUCUACUUUAGUACUGUCGUUCUCUUACCUCUACUCCAAGCUGGAACCGAAAGCCACGGGCAUUUGAGCGCGUCCGUUAUUGUCAUCAGCUCCAUGUCCGGCAUCAUGCGACACGCCCAAGGCCACUUCAGCUAUAACGCGGCCAAAGGCGGCACGGUCCAUUUGACGAAGCUGAUGUCAGGAGAGUUCCAAAAGCUCCGCAUCCGCGUGAACUCGAUUGCGCCAGGCUACUUCCCAUCGGAGAUGACGGCAAAGGAGAGCAACGAGGACCAGAAGAGCCAUGUGCCGGACGAAAAGAUACAGGAGAAGGGACAUGUGCCAAUGGAACGUGCUGGAAGCGACGCGGAAAUGGCACAGGCGGUCUUGUUCCUGACCAGAAACAACUAUGUCAAUGGCGAGAUCAUUGCCGUUGAUGGCGGUGUGCUGAACGUCGUGGCGGGUCGAUGAGCGUAUGCUUUCAGGCGUCUUGGAGGACUGCAGGAGUUUCGGCGAAGACGAGGGUAUGGCAAUAGAAAAGUGUGAGACUUUGGGACAGUUUCGUUUGCUCCUAACCAAGAUUCUGGAUGAUCUCGCGUGCCUUUCCCCAC